CAUGUUUAGUCAGCUGGGGCCAUACUUUUGAAUGGUCAAACCAAUGCGCCGCUUGUCCUACGCCGCCAUUCAUCAGCUCACAAGGUGCAGUUCAAAAAAACAAGUAAGAACAAGCAAGAAGACAGAGGGCAUAGUAAAAAGUGAACAUACCGGCAACGACCAGAUCCACACCGUGAUCACCUACACCCACACCCGCAUUAUCCAGAUCCUCCGCAUUCCCUACUCUAUAUUCUACCUUUCCACCUCGCACAGGCUGCAAGCCAACUUGAACCAUCUUCUGGGACGGAUCCAACCCCAAGGUAUGCUCGAAAUGGGGUGCCAAGGUGGACGCUAUGAAGCCUGGUCCACAGCCUAGGUCGAGGAGACGGGUGUUACCACCUUUAAGGCCGGAGCGGUUGGGUGGGAAGUGGAAAUGGUAGGCGAGAAUGAUGUCGUAUGCUUCUUGUGGGUAUGAUCUGUAAACAUUAAAAAAAAAUCAUGAAUAUGUCAGCUGCAUGCCUACUGCGGGGAGAAGAGAGAGGAGGAGAAAUGCGACGAACGGUCGACAGCUGAGAUAUCUCUCGACGUCGAAUGAGGAAUCUGCAAAGCUCUUCAUGGUGAUUGAUCUCUUGCUAUAGCAGAGUGUAGUGGUGAUAACCGACUUUGUGGAUGUCUUGAGGAGGUGCAUAUCAACUGAGAGGAUGGUGCAUGGAGAAUAGUUGGAAGAUGGACAAGGGAAUGUAUGGUUCGUCGUGGACACAGCGGAAAGCAGCGAGCUGUGGCCGAUUAUACCGAUAUAUCCGUACUCACAUCCAUUCUGUCCCUAUAAUCCAUACUCUCCAGCCAUAGAUGGACAUUGGAUAAAGCUUUCGACUGUCGUGCCGGAAGUACAGAGCUGAACGAGACGAAGAACGCCAGUGUCGGGGCAACAACAUCCAGCGACAUUUUCUUUACACCUCCACAUCCAUCUCGCAUUCUACUCUUUUCCCCAUCACCAUCGCAACCGCAAACAUGGCCCCACGCGAGAGAGGUCUCACCAAACAUCAGUACUCCGCUGGACUCACAUACGUCGCUCAAAAACCCUCUUUCCUCCAAAACUUUGGUAAACCCCAAGCUCCCCCUCCGUCGUCUGCCUCUUCUCGAGGGGGGCGGGAGCCUCUGCCAGAACGCCCGGACAAAGGUCAGUGGGCGACUGGUAGCGGCGACGAAGCGGGGGAACGGGAAGAUGACGACGAUGAUGAUGAAUGGGGAGAUGUAUUCGGGGGAGGAGGGGAAGAAGGACCCCAGGUGGUUGUUUUGAAGGAGGGAAGGCAUUUGACGGCCGAGGAGAUUAAGAGGGAAAGAAGAAAAGCUGCUGGGCAGGACUCGCCUCCUCCCGAAGAUCAGAACAAGGAGAAAAAAGACAAGAAUGAGGAGCAAGUUACAUCCAACGCCAAUGCCCAACAAAAAGAAACCUCCAAGACCAGGAUAAUACCUAAACCCAAUCCGAACAAACGCAGACUUGUAGGCAACGGAGGCGCUGAAGAUGACAAGCAAGGACAAGAGAAAGAGACAGCUGCGACGGGAGGGGAGAAGAAGAAGAAGAAAAAGGCAAAGAAGGGGUUAUUGAGCUUUGAUGAAGCAGAGGGCGAGGCUUGAUGAAUGUACAAGUACAACUUUCCACUUACUCCCCCUUACCCUUCUUCCACUUACUCCCCUUUACCCUUCUUCCACUUACACUUCCUUAUCGUUCCCUUUGCCCGUUUCCGAGGUAUCCUCCCCGCUUCCGCUCCCGCUCGUGCUAGUACUAUCACUUGAAGUAUGGGCCGUAUUGGUAGGAGGAGGCGCAGGAGGUGCCAUCUGCCAAGCGGGUAUCCCAGCUUUCCCACCCGCCCUCGGGCCUAGAAGGGCGUUCGCAGCAGCUGCAGUUGGUGUCGGUGCCGGGCUACCAACGUCGCUUCUACUUCCCGAGCCAGAGCCAGCGGCAGAACCGGUAGGAGGGAGUUGGGAUCGAGAAGCAAGAAGCGUUUUGAGUGACCGGAUUUCAGAUUGGAGGUCUGCGAGAGCAGAAGAUUGUGAUUGCAUGUGCUUCUCAAUCAUCUAUUCCCUUGUUGUUAGCCUCUCCCAGAUUUCUACCUCAUCUUUCUCCAGCAAAGAGGAUGAAGACAUACCCUAGGAACCAACUCUUUCAAACUCUCCACCUCUCCCCUCAUAUCCCUCAUCUCAUCCCUCCACCUCUCUUCCCCCGCCUUUAACCCCUUUACCGCGCCUUCCACCUCUUCCACCACCUGAUUCACUUUCUCCCGAUCUUCUUCGAUACUCACCUGGACCUUGGUCGUUUCCUCCGUCAACUCGUUCAGUAGACGCGUGGCUUCGUCAUAUUUGGACGUGAGUUCGGAAGAGGUGGAUUGGAAUGCAGUAGUAGACGGGGGUCGCAAGUGCGGGAGAAGGUAUUUCUAUAUCCCAUUCAAUCACAAUCAUGGGACAAGGGGUAGGAGAUGGUGUGAGUCACAUGGCUGGGAUUUGAAAAAAUGACAAGGGACGUACGCGGGCAAGAGCUGUGAGACCAUAUACCACACCACCCGAGACCAUCGCCAUAAUCUACACCCAACCAUCCCAUAUCAGCUCUCCCGUCCUGAUGCCCAUAGACUUGACCAUGGUGUGCUAGCAUAGUGUGUAUAGACUUACGAAUAAAUCUCUCCAAUCCCUCUUUGGCGGCUCGGGCGGGGCAUAAGUGUAGCCGUACCCAUAGUUCGGAGCAGGUACACGCGGUCUUUCGGGUGGUCGUUCGUACACGGAAGACGGUCCUGUCCUUUCCCCUUCCGCUUCCCCUUCCCCCACCGCACCUUGCUUCCCAGAGCCAGCGGAAGACCCAUACCCACUGCCCGCUUCCCGUAUAGCCUGCUCAAUUUCCUUCUCUGUAAGCCCUUUGGACUCGAGGAACUGGACACGCGAAGUAAGCGACGAGUUUUGGGUUUUGGGGUCGUUGAGGAAGAGGAUGGCAUUCUGGAUGAGUUGCACUCUGUCCGGUGAGGUUGGGUCGGGCAUUGUAUUGAAGCGUGAUAGAAAAGAGGAGAGAGGACAAGUGAAGAUGCGCCGGGCAAGUAAACAACCGGUAAAUAUUUUUUUAAAGGGGGGGGAGCGCUCUGAACAUUCGUUUCUUGUUUCUUAGAUAGAGCAUCGUUGCCAAAUAUUCGAUACGUUUUUCCGGCAUAUAGAAAGUUCAC